UGAACCAAAUGUUAAAUUAACCCUUAAUGUUAAAUUACACUCUUCCUUCUCUCCUCAACUAAACUUCGAGCUUAAAAAAAUCAACAAUGGAGGAAGAUAAAGCGGCAGCGUACUACGACGAGUUAACUCGGAAAGGAGGUGGUGCAGCCCGAUUCAAGCAAGGACUCGGCUUCUCCUCAUCCACAACCACCACUACUUCCGACGAACCACCCAAAAAGGGUUCAGCUUUACCUUCUUCAUCCUCAUUUCUCAGCAAUUUCGUCAAAGCUUCAAGCCCCACUAAGGAUACAGUGAUUGAUCGAAAAACCCAGCUUGAAAAUAUCCAAAAUAAGCUCAAAAAGAAGGAACCCACAACCUCAAUUGAUGCCCCAAGUGAGAAAAUUAGGGUUAGGGAUUCUCCAAAAAGCCGGGAUAGAAGGAGAAGUAGGAGCAGAGAGAGAGAUAGAGAUAGAGAAAGAGGAAGAGAGAAGGAUUUGAGGAGGGGGAGGAGUAGGAGUAGAAGUAGGAGUAGGAGCAGGGAGAGGAGGAGGAGUAGGAGGAGUGGUGGUGGGUCUGAUGAGGAGAGAGAGAGGUUGAAAAGGCGGUAUCGAGGUUCGAGUAAAGAGAGGAGGAGGGAGAGGAGUAGAGAGAGGAGAGGGAGGAGGAGGAGUAGGUCUAGGAGUUGUUCUGAUGAUGAGAGAAGGUCUGGGAGGAGGCAUAGGAGGAGUAGGAGUAGGAGUUUUUCGCCGAGGGAUAGAAGGCGGUCGGAUAAAGGAAGAGAAGGUGGUGGGAAAGAUGGGAGAGUGGUGAAGAAGGAGGGUAAUGGUGUAGUUGAUUAUGCUAAGUUAAUUGGCGGCUAUGAUAAGAUGACACCUGCAGAAAGAGUCAAAGCUAAGGUGAAACUUCAGCUUACACAAACAGCUGAGAAGGAUACUAAGAUGGGGACUAGCUCACAAUGGAAGCAGUUUGAGUUCAACAAAGAUGCUCCUGUAGAUGAUGAGGAAAUUGAAGCUGCUGCUGAUGAUGCGGCACUGGUCAAGCAUAUUGGUAAAAGCUUCCGGUUCAAAUCUUUAGAGGCAAAGGGUGAGGAUAAAAUACAGAAUGCUCAUGAUGAAGCCAUGUUUGGAAUCCCAGAAGCCGGUCCAUCAUGUGCUUCGGAAAAUGGAGAAGGGAGAGAGAAUGAGAAUGAGAAUGGAAACGAAGAGACUAAAGAUGAUGAACCUGCUAGCAGCCUCAUCAAUGAGAAGGUGCUUUCGAAGCCGCAAGGUUCUUGGCGGGAUCGGGCUCGCAGAACUACUGGAUGAUUACUGGUAAACAAGGUGGAAGACAUAUACCACAAAAACCUUUGUUAAAUAGCCUCUGAGGAACUUUUUCUCAUAUCCCUAUAUGUUGAUUCAGUAUAAUUUGUUGCAGCUGCAAUGAAAAAUUAUGCUAUUAGAAUGGCUAGUGUACAACAUGUCAUUCCUUCAUUGUAAAGUCGUACAUAUAUGAAAUGGGUUAUGGUUUUGGACAUUAAUCACAUUAUGAUUAUACUCCGAUUAAUGAAGCAACCUCUAAUAUGUCAUAUUCGUGCGGUUAAAGUAUGUUUUUACAUUCACUUUUGCUGUUUAAAUGAUCUACCAAUGUGAUGUACAUAUGAAUACAAAGGUGAUUCACUUUUGUAUUUGGAUUAAAAUAGGGGCAAUUGAGGUUGGGACU